CACUUACACAAUGGGGUGAAGGAGGGUGAAAUUCUUGGUGGGAUGGAAUGUACCCUUGGCCAGAUUAUUUCCCAGAGAAAGCUUUCAAAAUCCCUGAUGAAACACGGAAACACAGCCGGAAAAUCAUCGAUAACAGUCAUUGCAGAAGAGCUGUCUGGGAAUGAUGAUUAUGUGGAGUUGACAUUUAGUGCAAGAAAACUCGAUGAUAAGGACUUUUUCAGCAAAUCAGACCCGUUUCUCGAAAUUUUCAGGAUGAAUGAUGAUGGAACACAACAACUUGUACACAGAACGGAGGUCAUCAUGAACAAUCUAAAUCCUAUGUGGAAAACAUUUAAAGUCUCUGUAAACUCCCUCUGCAGUGGAGAUCAUGAUCGGAAACUAAAAUUGAUAGUCUGGGAUUGGGACUCCAAUGGUAAGCAUGACUUUAUUGGAGAAUUCACUUCGACCUUUUCAGAAAUGCGUGGAGCGAUGGAUGGCAGACAGGUUCAAUGGGAAUGCAUCAACCACAAAUACAAAGUCAAGAAGAAAAACUAUAAGAACUCUGGCAUCGUCAUUCUCAACCUCUGUAAAAUCCACAAGAUGCACUCGUUCCUCGAUUACAUCAUGGGCGGGUGUCAGAUUCAGUUUACAGUCGCGAUAGAUUUCACAGCCUCGAAUGGGGAUCCAAGAAACAGCUGCUCCCUCCACUACAUCCACCCAUACCAGCCUAACGAAUACCUGAAAGCUCUGGUAGCUGUGGGUGAGAUCUGCCAGGACUAUGACAGUGACAAGAUGUUCCCGGCCUUUGGAUUUGGAGCAAGAAUACCACCAGAUUCCAAAGUUUCUCAUGACUUUGCAAUCAACUUUAAUGAAGACAACCCAGAAUGUGCAGUGAUUUCUAACCGACUGCAGACUGAAAGACUCGGAGCAGUGCCUCUGCCUGAAGAAACCAUGAAAAUACAGGCAGUAUCUUCUGGAUUUGUGUUUAAUUGCACCAGUGUAGAUGCCAAAAUUCACUGUCAGUUUCAGACGAGUUUUGACAAUGCAUCCCCUGCUGCUCUCGCAAAGAGUGUCCUUGCUGAGGUCCCGAAUCAAGUGGUGGACUAUUACAACGGAAAAGGAAUUCCGCCAAAAUGUCUGUCGGACUAUGAGUCUUCCCGAACGCUUGCACCAUAA